AUGACUUCUAUUGAUCAAGCCGCAGUUGUAGUGGAAUUAUCUAACCCUUGCAGACUGGCUCCAUCACCAAUUAUUCGUGAAGCUUGGGGGAAACGACACGUGGAUAUGGAUGACGACGAAGCUCCACGUGCAAAGCGCAGGUUUGAGAGGGUGAGCGCGCAAUUUGAGCGAUUCAGCAUAUCAAGCGAACGCCACUCCAAGGGACGAGAAAACAUGGAUACAUCGGAAUCUGAUGAAGAGUGGUCUUCAAGUGAUGGUUUCGCGGAUGAACAAUCGAUAGAAGGAAUUAUAGAGGAACCAGAUGAGCAGUCAACGAGUCGUGUGAUACUCGAUGACUGCUUGCAGAACUACAUAGAUAGAAUGAAGCAAAUUAGUAGUUUCGGUCUCCCGUCAAGGGACGUUAUCCACGGGAACGAACUGGUUGUUUGGAGACCACUGACAGGGAUCAGUGAUCCUUUCCUGGAUCCAACUAUGAAAGGACGCAUUCAAGAAGUGGAUAACGUUCCAAAUACGUCUAGUGAUGUGUUCACCUCUGAUCUCAUCACGGAAGCUGGAGAGGACGACGUUGAAACCGGGAUACUAGAACAACUCAGUCCAUCUCAGCAAUAUAAACCAAAAAUCGAAGACGUCACUUUCCAAGUGGAUGAUUCUAUGGAAAUGGACUGUGAUUGA